CCCCUUUCGUCGCCGUCGAGCUUCGCGCUCUCGGUUGGAGGAGUCGGGCUCGAAAAGAUGGAGGAUCGAUGGGUGGCUGUAGAAGACGCCGAGCCCGAGCCAAUCUCCGAAUCUUUCACUUGCUGCGAUUGCCUGUUUCGCUAUGCUUUCCUUGCCUCUUCUUUAAUUGCGAAGAGGGUCUUCAUCUGAUAAUGUAUAGUAUUGCUUAAAUUUCCCAGCUUUCGGGUUCUGUGUUGUUCAAGCUUCCGGUAGGUGAUUGUAUCUUUAAAUUGCGGAUGUUCCUUUUUGGAAUCGUGAAUUGCGGAGGUUGGGGACUCAUCCUAGGACGAGAUAUCUGAGAAUUGUUGGGGGAUUUGGCUUUUCGUGGAUUGAUUUCAAUCCUUUCCUGCUGAAAGAAGGGGACAGAAGUUGGGGGUUUUGAUAGGAGGACAUGACAACUAAAGUUUGGAGAUGGAUUUUGGGGUUGAUAUACAUAGUCGCUGUCGCCACCAUUGGGGUUGCCGCUAAAUAUGUGGUUGAAUCCGUGGUUGAUUCGGGAGUUUCACCUUUCCUUAUCACGUACAUAUGCAAUUCGCUUUUCAUCAUUUACAUUCCCAUAUUUGAAAUCGGGCGUUAUGCAGAGGAUAAAUAUGGAAGUUUAUGGUUCUGGCGGAAUAGGAAGAGUGAUGAUUUGAAAGCAUCGGUGGAGUCAGAGAAGGCAAUUUUACUUGCAGAAGGUGAUUUGAGUGUGACAGCUGAUGAUCCAUAUCCAUCCACGUCUUCGGAGGAAGGUGAAAUAAGUCAUCACGCGAAAGUUGGUUAUUUAGGAUCUGAAUAUGAGAGUGAAAGAGAUUUGCAUGAUCAAGGUGUAAUGAGUGAAGAUGCUGACAAGGGAGUGGACGCAAAGGGACGUUGGACAAGGAUGAGAGCUGCGAAAGUUAGCCUUCUCAUUUGCCCAUUUUGGUUCUUUGCACAACUCACUCUCAACCUGUCCCUAAAAUACACAACUGUCACGUCAAACACUAUCUUGAGCACUGCGUCAAGUCUGUUCACCUAUUUGAUCUCUCUUGCAUUCUUGGGAGAGAAAUUUACCUGGGUAAAGAUGAUCAGCGUUCUUCUUUGCAUGGGAGGAACAAUCAUUGUUAGUGUGGGUGACUCGGGGUCAGAUUCUUCUCUGAGAGCAACUGCGACCAACCCUGUUCUUGGAGACAUCCUUGCUCUUGUCUCGGCUGCCUUGUAUGCUGUAUACAUCACCUUGGUUAGGAAGAAACUACCUGAUGAUGAUGAUGAAAAGCAAGGUCAAGCCAGCAUGGCACAGUUCCUUGGAUACUUGGGGCUGUUUAACCUCUUGAUAUUCCUUCCGGUUGCCCUUGUGCUUAAUUUUGCUAAGCUGGAACCAUUUACUUACCUUACCUGGGAGCAGGUCGGUCUAAUUGUUGGUAAAGGUUUGUCAGAUAAUGUGCUGAGCGAUUACUUGUGGGCCAAGGCCAGUCUUCUGACUACCACCACCGUCGCAACAGCUGGUCUUACCAUACAAGUUCCGUUGGCAGCUGUUGUAGAUUCACUGACUGGCAAUGCACCUCAUCUCAUGGAUUACCUCGGCGCUGUUGCGGUCAUGAUCGGAUUUGCAGGCAUCAAUAUACCUUCCGAUGCUUUCAGCAGAUCAAAAGAAGCCAGUGUUGAUCUCAAAAAUGAAGACAUCGGUAACCAAGACCAUGCUGCUUUGCAUGCUGAGAAAUCUGAUGCAGUUUCCUAGCACGAGGUUCCUGAGCUUACAAUGCAAUUCUUCAUGUAAAGAUAUACAACCCCACUGUUCAAAGGAAAAGUUCUUAAAGGAGCAUUAACUUCUCGUUCCCGAUGUA